AUGUGGAUGCGUAUCUUACUCGUGUUAUGCUCGACCGCGCUCUCGAUAGCUGAUCGAAACUACGAAAAUAACCUAACUAAACUUUGGUCCUUAGCCGGUGCUUCAAAGAGUGAUGAAUCCGCAGUAGUUAAUGUGACUAGCGCGUCCAUUGUUAUACAGCCGAAAUAUGAUAGCAGUCAAAUUGUCUCCUCAAGAAAAACGAAAGAUUUGAAAGGGACUUCCAACUACGAGUAUGCGUUUAAACCCCACGCCAUACCCCUACAGGAGGUUGAGCAGCAGCAGUUUGAUAAGAAUAUAUAUUAUUCACAGAACGAUGUGAAUGGCAAGUACAAAUCAGAAAUACUUUUCCCUGGUAAUUAUCACCAAAUUGCCAAAGAGAAAGGUAAUGAAGACCUUGUAAAGGCUUCCCCAUAUAACCCUUUGAAUGAAGGUUCUUUUCAUCCGAUAGCGAUACCGAUAAUUAGGAGUCCAAAUUUUCAACCAAGAUUAUUAGAUGAGGAUGAGGAGCCUAUUAUAGAGAAACCUGAAGGAUUUUCGGAACAACUCGCAUCGGGAAGAUCAUUGUCAUAUGUCUUAGGGGCCGAGGAUGACGAGGAGCCUGAGGAGGAGGAAGAGGAAGAAGAAGACGGGGAAUACGACGUAGGGGAGGAAGCGGAUAAACACAAGCACGGUUAUACUCACGACAAAAUCAAGAAAAAGUUGAAGAGAAAAACGAAAAAGAUGACCAAGUACAUGAUGCCCUUACUCAUGGCAUAUAAACUGAAAUAUUUCGCGCUGGUACCAGUAAUGAUAGCAGGACUAAUAUUGCUGAUAGGAGCGACAGGGCUCGCGGGAUUCUUCUUCGCCUUGUUCGCGGCAGUCAUGGGACUGCAGAAAGGAGGUUAC